AAUAAUUCAACAAAGGGUGGGUUCAAUGAACCAUGCCUAACUUCCUUUCUCGUUUUUUAGAAUUUGCUAGUUUUUCAAAAUAAAAAAGUCGAGAUGGAAGGACUUUUCUUUGAAGCCAUCAAGUGGAAAAUAAAGAAGCUCCGGCUUUCCAAAGAUCAGUCAGCAAUCCUAGAAGAAAGCUUCAAAGAACACAACACUCUCAAUCCAAAGCAAAAGCUGGCUCUGGCUAAGCAGUUGGGGUUACGGCCAAGACAAGUAGAAGUAUGGUUCCAAAACAGAAGGGCAAGGACGAAGCUGAAGCAAACUGAAGUAGACUAUGAAUUCCUGAAGAGAUGCUGUGAAAAUCUGACGGAGGAGAACCGGCGGCUGCAGAAGGAGGUGCAGGAGCUGAGGGCUCUGAAACUCUCCCCUCAGUUCUACAUGCAGAUGACUCCACCAACCACCCUCACCAUGUGCCCUUCCUGCGAGCGCGUUGGUGUCCCACCAUCUGCUUCAUCCGCCGUCGAUCCACGAUCAUCUCACCACAUGGGACCCACCCACCACCGGCCUAUCCCCAUCAAGCCUUGGGCUGCCGCCGCCGCCGGCUCUGCUACUGCAACUCCCAUGCCUCACACACAGUUUCCGUUCAAUGUUCUCCGUCAUCGCUCCUGAUUAUGACUGAUGUCAAAGAACAGUCUGGUCAUUUCAAAGAGAUCACGUGUACUGAACAUUAUAAAACUGGUUGUAAUAAUGCACAAAAAGUUGUAAGACAUAGGGGUAUUUUUUUUUACCUAGAAAAAAUCUAAAAUAUGAUGAUUAGAAUGCAAUUUGGUGGGUCUCUCAUGUUUUCAAAUUGUAUUAUUGAAUCUCUACUCAUUCAUCUUUCUUUUUGAAGGUUAAUAAGAUUAA